CUACAGACAGAUUUGAGGAGGAGCGAGCCCUGGGCACUUCCUGGGUCACAGACCGACAGUGGGGAGGCGAUGGCACCGAGGCACUGACCCAGCCCGGCUCCUCCGAGAGGCCCCGAGAGGCCGGGGCAUCCCUGGGGUCGUCUUGUGAGGGAGUGCGGGCGGGGGUCCAGAGGGCUUCGCAGGGCCAGGAGGACGCCGGCCCGCCCCUCAUCGAAGGGCAGGGCGUGUGGACCCGGAGGUAGGGGCCGGAAGGGACGGCAGCCGGGAGAGCUCGCUGGGGGGCUUCCCGUCGGGGCCUCGCCCUGCUGAGGGCCUGGCCGGGCUCCCCCUGCGCCCAGGGGCCGCCCCUGCCCCCUCCGGGCCUCGGUUUCCCCGCGGGGCGGGGCGAGGACAGCGCGGGUCUCGAAGCCGCCUGCAGGGGGCGCCCGUGGGCGCCGCGGCCGGAGCCCGAGCACGAGCGGCGGCCGAGACAGCGGGAGCCGGCGCGCGAGCGGCAGACUUUGUCCCCUGUGAGGUUUCCGUGAGAAUUCCUCAGCACCAUCUUCAAGUCCCCGAUGGUCUCCGCAGCUGUGUGCACGCCUCAGGUGACCCGCCCUCCGGUGCUUAGGAGCCCUGACGCUGAGCUGGGUGGGCCGCGAUGCUGGAGCCGCUGGAGGGGACCUGCUUUCUGGAGGCGUGGAGCUAGCUGCCAAAGCCCGUGGGGAGCCCCCCCACCGACAGACCGCUCUUGGCUCCUGUGGAGGAGGGGCUGGGGCCUGGGCAGGGCCACCGCGCUGCAGCUAUGGACCAUGAGCUGGCCUGGCCCGCACCCCUGCUGACCCUGCCCGUCCGCAGCCAUGGUCUCAUGGGCUUCCUGGUGUACAUCGUGGUGGAGCUGGCCAUUGCUGUGCUGGCCGUCCUGGGCAAUGUGCUGGUGUGCUGGGCUGUGUGGCUCAACAGCAACCUACAGAAUGUCACCAACUACUUCGUGGUGUCGCUGGCAGCGGCCGACAUCGCUGUGGGCGUCCUCGCGAUCCCCUUCGCCAUCACCAUCAGCUCGGGCUUCUGUGCCUCCUGCCACAGCUGCCUCUUCUUUGCCUGCUUCGUGCUGGUCCUCACGCAGAGCUCCAUCUUCAGCCUCCUGGCCAUUGCCAUUGACCGCUACAUCGCCAUCCGCCUCCCCCUCCGGUACAACGGCCUGGUGACCGGCACAAGGGCCAAGGGCAUCAUCGGGGUCUGCUGGGUGCUGUCGUUCGCCAUUGGCCUGACCCCCAUGCUGGGCUGGAACAGCUGCGGCCGGCCCAGCGCAGGCGGGAACCGCUCGCAGGGCUGCGGCGCAGGCCAGGUGGCCUGCCUCUUUGAGGACGUGGUCCCCAUGAACUACAUGGUGUACUACAACUUCUUCGCCUGCGUCCUGGGGCCCCUGCUGCUCAUGCUGGGCGUCUACCUGCGGAUCUUCCUGGCGGCGCGGCGCCAGCUGAAACAGAUGGAGAGCCAGCCUCUGCCGGGGGCGCGGGCCCAGUCCACGCUGCAGAAGGAGGUCCACGCGGCCAAGUCCCUGGCCAUCAUCGUGGGGCUCUUCGCCCUCUGCUGGCUGCCGCUGCACAUCAUCAACUGCUUCACCUUCUUCUGCCCCGCAUGCAGCCACGCGCCCGCCUGGCUCAUGUACCUGACCAUCGUCCUCUCCCACACCAACUCCGUGGUGAACCCCCUCAUCUACGCCUACCGCAUCCGCGAGUUCCGCCAGACCUUCCGCAAGAUCAUCCGCAGCCACAUCCUGAGGCGGCGGGAGCCCUUGAAGGCAGGCGGGACCAGCGCCAGGGCCUCGGCCGCUCACGGCAGCGACGCGGAGCAGGUCGGCCUCCGCCUCAACGGCCACCCGCCGGGCAUGUGGGCCAACGGCAGCGCCCCGCACCCUGAGCGGAGGCCCAACGGCUACACUCUGGGGUUUGUGAGCAGAGCAAGUGCCCCCGAAUCCCACGGGGACGUGGAGCUCCUCAGCCACGAGCUCAAGGGAGCAGGCCCAGAGCACCCUGGGCUCACGGGCCCCCCGGCCCCGGCCGGAGCGGGAGUGUCCUGAUGCGCCUGAGUUCACGCUCUCCUGCGGGGAGGACGUCCUUCUUUCCGCUCGGCAGAGGAGUGUGCCGAGGGCCCCUUCUUGCGGCCAGCUCCCCUGUGCACCGAGGAAGGAGCCCUGGCUGGAGCGGCAUGAGGCCAGCAGGAAGGGUUUGGAGUCCAGGGAGGCAGGCGUUCUAGGUUGGGAGGCCCUGCACCGGGCGGGCCGCAGCCCCAGAGCAUCUUCACCCGGCGGGGGACCUGGUCCCCAACACCAGGAGGUGCCACGUCUCCGCAGAGCAGCUGCAGCAAAGCAGGCUGCCUAGCCCCGAGGCAGGGGAGUGGCUCCAUCAGGCCCCCUGCCACACACACACCACCCUCCCGGGACUUUCUGAGGACUCAGAAGCUGCUGUGCCUGGAGGUGGCCUUCGACUAUUUUUUCCCAGGAAAAAAUAUAAGCGUGAGGAAAUCCUUUUUUAAAAUUAUCUUGCCUGCCUUGUAGCCAGGUCCGUUGUUAGUCCCGCUGCUAACCUGGCACCAGGAGCCCCAGGCAGCCCUCGGCCACAGCCGUGAGCUGCCACGCACGUCUCACCCUGUCCGUCUAGGGCCAUUUCCUGGGACCACAAAGCUGGACUCAAGUACGGAGGACUGUUAACGGGGCAGAGCCAGCGUGUGGGCUCAGGAGGAAGCCAGGGCUGACCCACCACGGGGUGUCCUAACAGCUCAGAGCUUCCCAGUUAGUGGCCCUAGGUAACCACCUUUCCUUCUGAAGGGAAUGGUUUUUUUUGUGAGAUAAAAUAAAAAUGAGCCACGUUGUGUUUUAUGCUUGU